AUGGACGAGGAAACAAUAACGUCACAUCGUAAAAAGCUGGCCCAAAUUCUGCGGUACAUUGCCAGCUGGCAUCAAGCCUUGCAUUCCGGAGACGGCAUUCAGCAUUCCUUUGUGCGUACCGAAGAGGCUACUCAAGACUUUUAUCAGAAUCUUGAAGUGGAAGAUGGAUCAGGUGUUCUGUUUAGCACACAAAAUUUUCGAACCCUCUUGACUUGGGAUGCGGAAGCAGAAGAAGAAGUUUUGUUUCCCUCACCUCCCGUUUCCUUCUAUGCCGCCAAUUCUGGGCCUACUCCUACUUCUAUGGCAUCAAUGGCGGCAAGCGGAGAUCGCAAACGAAGCUUGACGGGACGCCUCAAGAGCAUCUCACCGAGAACAUCAAGAUCGGAAUCAUCAUCGAUUUGUUGGCUCCGGCUGACACGUCUCACCAAAGCCCAACGUUUGGAAGAACCGCAACCCCAUCAUGCUGCCGUCCAAGCGUUUUUGGAUCAGUGGAUGCAACGCCGCCCCAAGAUUAAAGCCACGUCCUAUCAAGAAUUAUUGUCCUCGGCAUCUAGGAUCAAUCGAGAAUUGGACAAGCAUCCCUCUCGGCCCAUCCGAGUCUUUUUGAAACGGUACAAGCGCUAUCUGUUGACCAAUCGGUAUCAACAGGCAUUGGAACCCAUGUACAAUCGAUUGUUUGAAUGGAUUCAACAACAAGAUACACAUAAUCAAGAACUAGUGUGGUCCUUGGGACAUGCCAAGUUUGCCGAUCCAUCCACCAAUACUUAUAUUGAUGGACCACUGUUAGAUGUCUUGGUCGAAGUGGAUCUGGCCCCGGAUGGAGCCCUGUUGGUCAAACCAAGACAACAUACGGGUGUCACCUUGAAUCGUCAAGUGGUGGCGGCCCUUGCCAGUUCUCAAGACGUCUUGUCCAAAUGGCACCGACGAAUCUCGCAAUUGGAAGCCUCCAACAUUAGUCCAGGUCAGCCUUCGACCUACGUCAAGAUUUUGAAACAGUUGACUUUGGAAUUGUGUUCAGAUGGUAUCUUUCAAGCGUCGGCCAAGACACCCUCUGCCAUUUCGCCUUCGUCGGUGUCUUCGGCGAGACGACAAUCCUUUGGAGAAAAUUCUCUAGUAGUGUCAGAAGCGUGGUGUCUGUACAGCCGAUUGAAGCCAACCACAGUCUGGGCACGAGAUGCCAAUAUCCUAGCCGAUCAACUGGCCAAGCAUGAACAACAAUUGUCCAUGGCAGCAUGGUCCUUGACUCAUGGACCAAACGUCUUGGAAGAAGUCAAUGCCAAGGGCCUAGAGCCAAUCAAUGCCAAGAGUCCUAUCGCACAAGCAGCCAUGUCCUUUUGGAAAUAUUUUGCUGCUGCUGCCUCUGGUCCAAACAAUAAAUCUUGUCGGCCCAUGUUUCCAUUGGCCACUUCGGAUUCUCAGAAUCGCAUUGCGGAGCUGUUGCUGGAUCAACACUAUCCGGCAGUUGUUACCGAAGGACCACCCGGAACGGGCAAGACCCACAGUAUUGCCAAUAUUGUGUGCGCCUAUCUUUGUCAGGGCAAACGAGUUUUGGUCACUAGCAAAAAUGCUCCUGCUCUGAGUGUACUACGGGAACGAUUGCCAAGUAGUGUCCAAGAACUCUGUGUGGAUGUAUCCAAGAGCGAGUCUUCUGGAUUGAGACAACUUCGACAGACGGUGGAACGACUGGCCAAUCGAAUUUCGGCGGCUUCGGUGGAGAUUGAAUGUCAAAAGGCCGAAUUGCUCAAGACGAACAUUGACGAAUUGGAAGCCCGCUUGGAAUCGAUCGAUUCUUCCAUUCGAACACAGAGUGAUAAUGUUCGAAAUGUCUUGCAUGGAGCAGAUGGAAUCAAGCUUGCUGAAUGGGCCGCCAAACUCAUGGCCGAUGCCCCUUGGUUGUUGGUCUCAUUGGAAGAAGUCUCGACCAAGGAACUCAAGAGCGUACUGAAUCAAUUGAAGGAACUGGAAGUCAAGGAUGAAUCAAUCUUGAGUGUCCAACACUUUUGCCAGCCUCCAGAUUCUCGUCUGGUAUCCAUGGCACUCGCAAAAUCUGGUUCGUCCGUGUCGAGCGUGCUGUCGCAAGCGUCUCGCAAUUGGGUCAGUUCCUUGCCUGUACUUGGAUCGAUCUCUGGUAUGGAAGCCCAACAGAAUCAACUACAAGAGCAACUGGAACACAUUACAUUGAAUGGAGUCAAACCAUCUUCGAACGAUGAUUGGGACAUUGUGGCAAAGGCGUUGAAAAGGUCUCAACUCGUUUCGCAUUUCAAAGACGGGGCUUGGGACUAUCGAGUUAAGAAGCAUGGUUGGCCGUCCUUUGAUUUCGCCAAGACCAAGAAAGUGUCGACUUGCAUCAAGGUGAUUCAAAUGGCAUUGGAUAUGAAGCAACUGGAGGCAUCUCUCAGUCUUGCUGCGGAAGUACAAAAGGCAACUCAAUGCAGAUCCCUCGAUUUUCAAAGAGGAAGACUCCAGUCACAAAUCCGACGCCAAGCGGAAGAAUUGGUCGAUACUGCAGUCGUUGCGGAGUUGAGUAAAUCAUUUUCUCCAGAUGCCGAAAGUGCGUUGAUUCGCUUUGCACAAAUUGCAGGAGCCAGCAAGUUUGGAAAAACUGCCAAGCAGUCCAAGAUGACACAACGUCAACGUCGGCGUCGUCAGGAAUAUCUGGAUGCCUUUGACAAGUGUUGCAGAUUCAUUCCUUGUUGGAUUCUGACCACCAGUCAGAUUAGUGACUACCUGCCAGCAGAAUGUUUGUUUGACCUUGUCAUUAUCGACGAGGCAUCCCAAAGUGACAUUACUGUUCUUCCUGGAAUGUUGAGGGGAAAGCAAUGGCUCAUUGUUGGUGAUGGAAAACAAGUCAGUCCAACGGAAGCAUUUGUUUCGGAAGGAAGUAUGGAGGCUCUGCGAGCGUCUCUUCCCGAGUCUCCUUUUGAACGUUCCUUGAUGCCGGGACAAAGUUUCUUUGAUCUUUGCGCUCAAGCCUUUCCACGUGGACGAGUGGUUCUCAGCGAACAUUUCCGAUGCUCUCCUGAAAUUAUUGACUUUAGCAACCAACAAUUUUAUGAUGGCCGUCUAGUUCCCUUGAGACUGCCAUCUCAGCAUGAGCGCAUGACCCCAUCAAUCAUGGAUGUCCGAGUCAAUGGCAAGAAAACUGGCAAGAUCAACGAAGUCGAAGCCGACAAGAUUAUCGAAUUGAUUCAAGAAUCUAUCAACCUACCGGGAAGUGAAGUUAAACCACGUAGCAUCGGUGUGAUAUCCUUGAUUGGAGACGAACAAAGCAGAUUGAUCCGAGGGAGGCUCUUGGAUGCGAUUGGUCCCGAAAAGAUGGCUCGUCACCAUGUUCUGAUUGGAGAUCCACCAACCUUUCAAGGGGCAGAGCGAGACAUUGUAUUUCUGAGCAUGGUUUGUUCUCCAGGUAGCGUUCCUACGCAGAGCCAAUUGAUGCACUUUCAACGAGCCAAUGUUGCAAUGUCGCGAGCUCGAGACCGUUGCGUCUUGGUCCGGAGUAUUGACAUCGGACACAUUUCGAGCUUGGAAGAUGUCAAGGUUCCAACCAUUGAGUUCUUCCUGCAACAACAGCCAGAAGACUCUGAAGAUGAAGAUGGAGCUGAUUCAUCAUUUCAAAAGGAGAAGCGCAAGGGGACAGCAAUUCUCAAGAAGCUAUUGCAAGAUAACGGAUAUGCAAUUACUGACAUGGGUAUUGUUUGGAAGAAUGGUUUAUGCGUCGAAGGCAAGAAGAAUCGUGCAGCCCUUAUUGUUGACGGUGAAGAGUUGUGCAGUCAAGAUUGGCAGACUAGCUAUAAUCAACAAAAGGCCAUUGAGCGCGUUGGGUGGAAGUGCUUCCGUAUCGACUCUGUGUCACUCUUUGUCAAUAUGAAUUCGACUCUGGCCAAGAUUGUUGAGUUCUUGGAUUCGGUUGGAGUAGAGAAGACCAUGGCGGCUACGAGUUAUGAAGAAGUAGCAGCUGAAGCAAGCAAUGAUAUGGAGGUAGAAGAAGAAGAAGAAGAAGAAGUGGUCCACGGAAAUGUAGAUGAUCCCAAUGUCGAGAACGAGAAUGACGUUGCCGCACUACCGAUUCAUCAAGAAGAAAACCAUGAUAUUGUCACCAUAACCAGUGAAGACGAGAAUGAUGGACUUGAUGACGAAGAGGAUGACGAUGGUGACGAUCGAAAACCAGCCGCCAUUCCAGAUGCCGCCGUCAGCAAUACUUUUGACGACGAUAAUGACAAUAUCCAUGCCGGUCAAUUUGGUCAAGUGGUGCAAUUGGACUUUUUGCGCCAGGCACCAACCAAUGACGAAGAGGACGACGAAGAGAUGGGUAUGGGAAAUGAUCUUUUGUGGGAUGAUUCCAAAGACUUGGAUAGUCCGACCAAACGAAAUACAAAUCGAGAGGUGCUGAUUGUUGCUCAGAACCCACCUGCUAACGAUUAUGACGACAAUGACAACAGUCUGGACGACCCUUCGGAAGAUGAUGAUUUUGUCGAAGACGAACCCAAGACAAAACAAAGAAGGAUGCGCAUUAGUCCUCGAUCAAGACAAGGCAAAUCGGCUGCUCGAAAGCCGACCAAAGAGGAGAAUGAGGGCGACGAUGAAAGUAGUGUGGACAACGCUUCGGAGGAUGAGGACUAUGUUCAAGAGACCAAGACGAAAUAUCGCAAACUUGACAGGAAGCACACUAGUCCUCGAACACGAGAAUCCUCAUCCGCAGUGAAACCAUCACUGACAAUCACCAUUAAUGAUGACGACGAAAAGUCCGAUGACGGUGACAAAGAGCCCUUGUCACCAGGGUCACCAUCUUCCAAGCAAGGCAAGCGAAGCAAGAAAUAUCGCAAGAAAGUGGACUCUUAUUCCAGAGACGGCCGCGUAAACAAGGGAAAGUUUUAUCCAUCGAACGAUGUGGAGUUGGACUAUGAAACCGAUUCGGACCUUGCUGUGGAAGAAUUUAAGAAGCCGGCGGUAAAGAGCGAGGAACCAAUUGAAUUGGAGGAUGAUUCAGCAUCUGAACUCCCAGAAUCCAGUUCCAUUGCAUCCAAACCAGCGCAAAGAAGUCAGUCGGACCAUUCCGUGAUGAGUGUUGAUGAUUCGGAUGACGAGGAGGAUGAAAUCAAGCCACAGCCAUCCACUUCGAAAUCCAGUGGUACAUCUACUGUCAAACGUGAAAGGUCCAAUGACAUAUAA